AUGAGAGGCGUGGUUGCGGGUGGGAUGGCUUCCAGCAGCGGGGGAGGCGCCGGCGGGGGCAGAUCCCCGAGGGAGGAACCGGCUCCCGCGUUCCCGCUCAGCGAAGAGCAGAGGCGAGAGCUGCGAGAGGCCUUCGAGCUGUUCGAUGGCGACGGCUCGGGCCUGAUGUAUGUCAGCGGCUUGAAGGUAACUGUAAGGGCUCUGGGCUGUGAACUGGGGAAAGAAGAUAUGAAGAGAAUCGUCUCUGAAUUCAGUGAAGAAGGGUCAGGGAAGCUAAACUUUAAGUCAUUUCUGCAGGUGAUGACUCAGAAAAUGGCGGAGCCAUGUCUGGAAAGGGAGAUCCUGAAAGCUUUCAAGGUGUUUGAUUGUGAUGGCACUGGCAAGAUCUCCUUGGAGAAUCUCAAAGUGGUGGCUGGGCAGGUUAGGGAAGACAUCACGGAUGAGGAGCUGCAGGAGAUGAUUGAUGAAGCAGACGUGGAUGGAGAUGGGGAAGUGGACAAAAAGGAGUUCCUACGGAUUCUGACACUGACCGACUCCUAA